GCGUGGUCCCCGCUUGCGCACACGCACACGCCGCCGCGCAGGGACAUACGGACCCUGGCCGUCCGCGGCCACACAGGUGCGGAGACCCGGCUCGGCGCGCUCCCCUCGGCGCACACGCUCCCCAUCCCCGCGCCGCGCGGGCCGCGGACUCGCAGGCUGCGCGUCCUUUGCGGAGUCUGCUGCUGCCCCACGGACAGGCCCCGCAGUGAGCAGCCCAGAGCCACGUUGGGGCUGACCCACAGCUGCUGUCAGUGGGAGGCCAGUGGUGCUGGCCAAGAAGCAUCAUGGCUUGUGUCGUGCAGAUUUCCCUGGCUGCUGUCCUCCUGCUGCCUAUGGCCCCCGCCAUGCAUUCUGACUGCAUCUUCAAGAAGGAGCAAGCCAUGUGCCUGGAGAAGAUCCAGAGGGCCAAUGAGCUGAUGGACUUCAAUGAUUCCUCUCCAGGCUGUCCUGGGAUGUGGGACAACAUCACGUGUUGGAAGCCUGCCCACGUGGGUGAGAUGGUCCUGGUCAGCUGCCCUGAGCUCUUCCGAAUCUUCAACCCAGACCGAGUCUGGGAGACCGAAACCAUUGGAGAGUCUGAUUUUGGUGACAGUAACUCCUUAGAUCUCUCAGACAUGGGAGUGGUGAGCCGGAACUGCACGGAGGAUGGCUGGUCGGAGCCCUUCCCUCAUUACUUUGAUGCCUGUGGGUUUGAUGAAUAUGAAUCUGAGACUGGGGACCAGGAUUACUACGUGUCAGUGAAGGCCCUCUACACGGUUGGCUACAGCACUUCCCUCGUCACCCUCACCACUGCCAUGGUCAUCCUGUGUCGCUUCCGGAAGCUACACUGCACACGCAACUUCAUCCACAUGAACCUGUUUGUGUCGUUCAUGCUGAGGGCGAUCUCCGUCUUCAUCAAAGACUGGAUUCUGUAUGCGGAGCAAGACAGCAACCACUGCUUCAUCUCCACAGUGGAAUGUAAGGCCAUCAUGAUUUUCUUCCACUACUGUGUUGUGUCCAACUACUUCUGGCUGUUCAUCGAGGGCCUGUACCUCUUCACUCUGCUGGUGGAGACCUUCUUCCCUGAAAGGAGAUACUUCUACUGGUACACCAUUAUUGGCUGGGGGACUCCAACCGUGUGCGUGACGGUGUGGGCUACACUGAGACUCUACUUUGAUGACAUAGGUUGCUGGGAUAUGAAUGACAGCACAGCUCUGUGGUGGGUGAUCAAAGGCCCUGUGGUUGGCUCUAUCAUGGUUAACUUUGUGCUUUUUAUUGGCAUUAUCGUCAUCCUUGUGCAGAAACUUCAGUCUCCAGACAUGGGAGGCAAUGAGUCCAGCAUCUACUUAACAAAUUUAAGCCCGCGAGUCCCCAAGAAAGCCCAAGAGGACCCCCUGCCUGUGUCCUCAGACCAGCAUUCACUCCCUUUCCUCAGCUGCGUGCAGAAAUGCUACUGCAAGCCACAGCGGGCUCAGCAGCACUCUUGCAGGAUGUCAGAACUGUCCACCAUUACUCUGCGGCUGGCCCGGUCCACCCUGCUGCUCAUCCCACUAUUCGGAAUCCACUACACGGUAUUCGCCUUCUCCCCAGAGAACGUCAGCAAAAGGGAAAGACUCGUGUUUGAGCUGGGGCUGGGCUCCUUCCAGGGCUUUGUGGUGGCUGUUCUCUACUGUUUUCUGAAUGGCGAGGUACAAGCGGAGAUCAAGCGAAAAUGGCGAAGCUGGAAGGUGAACCGUUACUUUGCUGUGGACUUCAAGCACCGACACCCGUCUCUGGCCAGCAGUGGGGUGAACGGGGGCACCCAGCUCUCCAUCCUGAGCAAGAGCAGCUCCCAAAUCCGCAUGUCUGGCCUCCCUGCUGACAAUCUGGCCACCUGAGCCGUGCUCCCCUCCUCCUCCUCUCCUCCAUCCACAGGCUGGGACUGCAGGCAGGCGCCAGCCCACGCAUGUUGGCGCCUCUUCCCUCCCCUUGGGCAGGCCCUGGGCCGGAAGCUUGGCUCCUGAGGGGGGAGAAGGAGGCAGGGCACAGACUGGGAUUGUCCCCUCCUUGUUUUGGUACUGGUCCCACUCACUGUGGUCCCCUGACCCCAGACAUGUAAAUACUCCUCAAAUUUGGAAAAGUUGUCCCAUCCCUUCCCCCUUUGCCCCAGUGUCCCCGCUCACUUCCAGUCGGGUCUCAGCUCCACCCCACUGUGUCUUGGUCAGCCUCAGUGAUGGCCUGACCCCAGCUGUGAGGCCUUGUGAGCUAAGGCUGAAGAGACCUUGCCUGUGGGAGCUGGGGUGGUACCUGCCCCAACAGCCCCCCAUCAUCUGAUUUUGGGUGUGACCCCUCAAGUGUGCAUGCCACCAUGGGGCUCUUCUCAGUCCUGGACCCAAGUCCCUGAGGCCUAGCAGAGGGCCCGCUCGGGUGGCCAGAACACCGCUUGGUGCAGGCCUCCUGGCACUCGCCUGGCAUCUUGGUGUCUGGGUGCUCAGCUCCUGGGCCCCAGGGCAGUGGGACGGCUCCAAGGCUUUUCUCAUCAGAGACUUCAGUUUGGGUGGAGAGUGUGCAGGUCAGGGAAGGUUCUGGUGCUUUUCAUUUGAUCCAAAAGGAGCUGAGAGCCAGAAAUGUGGCUGUGAUUGGGAAAGAGAUGGAGUUUGGGAGGCCCAUGGAAGAAAACCUUCGCCAUCUCCAUUGUUUUACCCCCAGCUUAAGAUGGACAGGGUUCUUCUGGUCACCUCCCUUCCACCUCUUCCACCCUCAUGGAUGCCGUCUCCAACCAUGCCCACCACAGACAGCCCUUAAGCCGUCCCCUCCCCAUUUCCCCUCAGUCAAAGCCAUGACUAGGAUGUACCAGCCGCCUGCCUGUGAUGUCGGCGAAUCCUGAAGCACCUGCACCCGAGUCUGGGGCCCAGGGCUCCUCAACCCCCACCCCCAUGGAUGAUGUGGAGCCCCAGACACCAGCUCCUCGGGCCUGGACUCAACUAUUGAAAUCUCUGAGACCUUUGCAAAGAUGUCCCUUAUAUGCCCUUGACCUUGACUCACCAUGGGCUGCUGGGGUGUCGGGAGGAGAAGCCACACCCACCAUGCCCAGGAGCAGAAGCGGCUGCUGAUGGGGCGGCUGCUCCCCACCACCCGCCCUGGCUCCCCAGCUGCAGGUUGCACACCCUCAGCCUGAGAAUGUACAAUAGGGCGGUGCCCAGCUGAGGAGGCAGAGGAAAGUGCUAGAGUACGUGGUCCCUGUGUGACCUAGCUCAUUCCAUGUCAGCAUUUGGUAUUACUCCUGUCCAAGUUCUGUUUGUGGACUUGUUUCAUGAUGAUGUUCUGGAAUGCUUGGGGACUUUGGGUGGAGGAAGAUGUUGCUUCAUUUUAUAAAGAGGAAGGGGCCUGGGGGACUUGGGAAAAUGUUUCUGGAGAGGCUUUCAGAGUGGCUGGAAAAGGCUCUUGCUGCUGUAAUUUAGAGAGGAGCUCUGUGUCCUUGGCCAGUCAAGUAAGUCCCUGGGUCUUUGGCAAAACCAGAGGAAGAAAGGAGCUACCUGCCCCUUCCUGGGCAUGCUUGGCGACUCAGAUUGAUCAUGGAGUGUGCAGUGGUCCUUCUGCCCUGCACCUGACCUCAUGAUCCCCUCCACCUGCACUGACGCAAGGGUCCUGUGGCCAUCUUGCACUUUGGGUACUGCUAGGGGGUCUGGGCUGCUUGGAAGGAGCCUGGGGUUCAGGAAACUAGACUCUAUCCCAGUUGGGUUCAGACUGCUGUGACUGUGGACAUGAUGCUCCCUAUUCUGGGCUCCAGUUUUCCCAUUUGUGAGAUGAGGCAACUUCUGCUGCUUCUCUAGGCCCUGUACUUAAGUGAUUUUUCCAGUUCAAAGCCAAGGCAGGCAAAAGGGCAUACAUCAUUGUGCCUCCUAUCAGGUUUUGAUGAGUGUGUGUGUGUGUGUGUGUGUGUGUGUGUGUGUGUGUGUAGAAGGAUGGAGACAGGAUGCUGUUUAUUUUCCAUUUCUUGGAAAUGGACCCUCUGUCCCUUCCAUUUGGACACCACAGUGAGAGCUGAUGGCCUGGAAGGAAGGAUUAGGUCAUGGACAUUUGAACAGGUGCCUUGGGCAUGAUACGUAGAUGCAGCCAUAUAUACCUUGCUGGGGUGGGGUGCCACCUCCAGUGGCCACCUCCAGAUCCAAGGAGCAGCUCCCUGGGGAUGGACCCCAUUCAUUCAUCAUCACUCCCAACAGCAGAUCUGUUUCAUUGUGGAAGAAGAAACUUUGGCAUUACACAGACAUCAUCACAAAACAGUAAAAAGAAAAUCAAUCCUGAACCCCAUGCAGUCUGCUGCUUCCUGAGCCUGGCCCUGUGUCCUCAUAGAGGUUCCGGGUUCCUAUUGGUUGGUUGGUUGGUUGGUUGGUUUUUCUGUCUGAAUGAAUUUUUGCCAGUCUUAUGAGCAGAUAUACCUGAUGUAUUCUCAAUGUCCCAGGAGGUUCUGGCCUUCAGGGUCACAGGCAGUAGGGGGACAGCAUAAGGUCUGUGUAAAACCCUUCCCUCUCUGACCCUCUGUUUUCAAAUCUGUAAAAUGGGCAGUAAGAAUAGAUGAUUUGUAUGUAGCCCAACGCAUCUCUGGAACUCUGUCUAAACACCAGCUAUCUACUUGGAAUGGGCCCCAGGACUGUGGUAUUUGCCUGGGCCAGGAAAGGAUAAGAAAUACUGUCAUGUGAAGACAGCUUGAGAGGCUUGGGAAAAGUGGGGCUGGGGAGGAGCAGGCUUGUCAGACUCCACCCCUGUUGAUGAUCAUUCCUGGAAAGGGGGUUCUCGUUCUAUGCAAUCCUAAAGGACAAAACUCACCCAUGGGAGGCUGAAUUAUCCUUGGGAUGAAGAAAUCGCUCUUUCCCUGUCACAACUGUCCAGCCAGGGAGCAGGGAGGCAGUGUCAGGGAGGGACACUCAUCCUGGGGGAAAUGGGAUUCCAAGUCAAGGAUGCUGAGGCUGUCGGGGAGCCAGAGAGGGGGGUCCUAGUGCAGGAUGUGGGUGGCUCUGUGGUUCAGUGAAUCUGUGGUGGUCCCUAGCACUGCAGACUUCAUGACUCCCCACUUAAGUCCAAGCCACAUUCUCUGUCCCAGUGUGUAGCUCUGUCACCCUGCUUGACACAUCCAGUGGCCUACAGUGACUCCUCUCUAACCCCACCCCCUCCAAGCUGGAUUCUUUGUGGAACAGGGCCAGGGAGCUAGAGCCAAGCCCGAGGUUUAAGAAACACUUGCAUCUAAAAUCCCCGCCAAGGUUGCCCACUCACCUCUCUCAUCUGACCCUCACUCUUCGUGGAAGGGAAAGCCCAAAGGGACUCUUUUAUUUUGAGUAGUCCCUUGCCCUCUUCAUGGCCACUUCAAAGUGGAGCCAGCAAGUAUUGAUACUUUAUCAUUUAGUAUUAUCAUAAAGUAUUAAUAGUUUAUCACAAAGUCCUCCUUGAGCCCAGGGACCAUGGAAGUCAGCUAGAAGAGCCCUGAGCAAGCAGCAGAGACUUGGGCUUCUCCAAGCUUUACUCCUGGCUUAUUUGACCUUGACUCAUUCCCCAUAUGUCUCUGAGGAGGCUCACAAAAUACUAAAGCUGGGAGGAAACUUGGAGAUCUAUAGGUCAAACCUCCCCAUUGGGCUGAUAAGAAAAUACACGUGGGCCUAGCAUGGUGCCUGCCACCAUGGUGGGAUCCAGUAUAUUUUAUAAAUCUGAAUGAGUAAAUGGCUCACCAGUUUGUGCACAGCCCUGCACAUGAACAGAAUGUGACACUCAAGGCUUCCAUGCAGUACGCAUGUAACCUUGCACAGGAGAGGGGCUCUGGUGACCGAUGGUUUUCCAGGACUCUAUUGCAGGAGAAGCAAUGGAGUCAGUGUGGUGUGGGGAGACCUGCUUUUUAACCUGGACUUAGCCACCUGCUCUGUGAUCCAGGGCUUACCUUCUUUGGGCCUCGGCCUCCUAAUCUGAGUAAUGGGGAGGACUUCAUUGGCAUUGUUAGUCCCACAGGCCAAGGAUAAGGUUGAAAUGAGAUGGCUUGUGUGUGAAAAGAUUUUGGAAACUACACAGAUGUGGGCUUGUUCUUGGGAUGAAAACUGCUGGAAGGGACUCCUUGCUGUUUAUCUACUGCUUUGAGCCCUCCUGAAUUAACCUUUGCCCCAUUUGUAAAACCACCAGCAUCGGGAGUAAGGGGGACGCCAGAAGGCUCAGAUGGACACAGAAUUCUAGCUUUAUCUGCAUCAGCUGAUUCAGUUUUCUGUUGGGAUCAGAGAGAGGAUACUUCCAUAUGGGUGACAGCAGCCAUGCCCUUGGGAGUCAUCUUCAAGGAUCUGGGACAUUUUGGUGUGCCCAUUCCUUAUUUUCCUGAACUCACAGUCUUGGGAUGUUUCUGCGCUUGGCCAUGUGUGUCUUGUCUUAUGUCUGUCUUCUGUAGCUUUGCCUCUGUCAGGGCUGGAGUGGUGCAGCCCCUGGCAUCUCAGACAUGGUUCCUGCCUCACUCGUGGGAGCUGGACCAGCCUGGGUUUCAUCUCCCACAAUAAAGAUAAGCCCCACAGACCUUACUGCUACCGCUGCUGCCAUUAAUGCUGUGCUCAUAAUCUUGUCCAGGAUUUUAAGAAUGUCAGACUGCUGUAGAUGACUCAAUAAAUGUUUCGCCAUUUUUC